GGGGGACCCCGCGCGACCGGCGGAAGGAGGGAGGGGGCCGCGCUCGGCGCCCCGGCCGGGCCACUGGGCCACAGGCCACGCGGCCACGCAGCCCGAGCGGGAGCUGAGCCGGGCGGGGAGAGGGCAGCUCCGGGAAGGUACACCCGGGGAUGGAAGUGCUUGGACGCGGUGCUGCUGGCUGCGGAUGUGCAUGAGGAGAUGGGACGGAGAGCCCAAGUUGGCAUUCGUAUAAAUGACCUGCCUGGCUCCCACCAUGAGCGCUGAGCUCAACGUGCCUGUUGACCCCUCUACUCCUGCCUGCCCGGAGCCCGGCCACAAGGGCAUGGAUUACCGGGACUGGGUCCGCCGCAGCUACCUGGAACUGGUCACCUCCAAUCACCACUCGGUACAGGCCCUGUCGUGGCGGAAGCUCUACCUGAGCAGGGCCAAGCUGAAGGCCUCCAGCAGGACCUCCGCCCUCCUCUCCGGCUUCGCCAUGGUGGCCAUGGUGGAGGUGCAGCUGGAGACGCAGUACCAGUACCCUCGGCCGCUGCUGAUUGCCUUCAGUGCCUGCACCACGGUGCUGGUGGCCGUGCACCUGUUCGCCCUCCUCAUCAGCACCUGCAUCCUGCCCAACGUGGAGGCGGUGAGCAACAUCCACAACCUGAACUCCAUCAGCGAGUCUCCGCAUGAGCGCAUGCACCCCUACAUCGAGCUGGCCUGGGGCUUCUCCACCGUGCUAGGCAUCCUGCUCUUCCUGGCCGAGGUGGUGCUGCUCUGCUGGAUCAAAUUCCUCCCCGUGGACGCCCGGCGCCAGCCUGGUCCCCCGCCCGGCCCCGGGAGCCACACGGGCUGGCAGGCCGCGCUGGUGUCCACCAUCAUCAUGGUGCCCGUGGGCCUCAUCUUCGUGGUCUUCACCAUCCACUUCUACCGCUCUCUGGUGCGCCACAAAACGGAGCGCCACAACCGCGAGAUCGAGGAGCUCCACAAGCUCAAGGUCCAGCUGGACGGGCAUGAGCGCAGCCUGCAGGUCGUGUGAGGGGCUGAGGGCUGGGGCUAGGGGCGGCCCUGCACCCGGGAGCCCGCAGAGGCAGGGAUUUGUCAGAUGCAGACAUUUUGCAAGGCUGCCGGAUAGUUCAAGACCAAAGUUUUCCUCUUGUCUUAAUACCAUAAGGACUGGAUGACUUCUUCUGAGAUGGAACCAUCUGGUUCAACGAGGGACUGUGUUGCUAAGAGCAUUGGGGGCAAAACCAGGCUGGUUCCUUGGCCUCAGGGUUUCCUGGGUCGGGGACACAGUGAAGAGGCUACAGCGGGAUCUGCCCAUCAGUCCUGGGCCAGGAGGGCCUCCAAGUAGCACCCAGUGGGUGCUCAGACCCGGCAUGCGUGGCUGGCGGGCCUGGGAGAGCCAGGGCAGGGUUUUGUUUUCAGAGAAUGAUUGCCCCAGAGACCCGUGAUGGGCUUCGUGGAUGCCGAGUGGCCCGUGUGACAGUGAUGACACGAGGGCUGCGGCAUUUGACUGGGUGCAGGUGCACGGCAGGGCUUGGUGCUUCCCUGCCUAGCGCUGGAGGAAGCUGGGUGGCCUGGCUUCAGGGGAAGACAGGAGCCAGGACACACGCCAGCCCAGCAGGUGCGCAGGGUGCUGCAGCCCUCGGCAGUGGUGUCAGUCCCCCGGGGAUGUUUCCAACGAGGGGGCGGCCUGGCUGAGCCGGAGGAGACAUGUUCACGGCAUCUACGAGACACCCCCAUGAGGAAGUUGAGUUAUUUGAGGGCUGCUGCAAAGUACACUAGGCUCAAAUUCUCUUUUCUCAGCCAGAGAGAGAGCCCUGGCCACACGGACUCAGAGGGGCCACCGGGGUGGGGAAAGGACCCUUCCCCCGCCCCCCCGCCCCCAGCCAGCGGCCUCCAGCUGUCAGCCACAGAAUGGUCUCUGAGGCUGGCUCAGCCACUCCCCCUGGGCUGUGGCAGCCCGAGGCGGAGGCUCUGUCUCAGGCCCCGGAGCCUGUGCAGCUUUCUGUGGCCCCAGGCAGCAAGCGGACAUCCUGGGGGACUUCCUGUCUAGGCAAGGCCAUUGGCCUGGCCUGUGGAUAGUGGGGCCAGGGGUUGGCCCAGGCCAAAUGGGUGCCCUCCUUGUUAUGACACCGAGUGACUACAAGGGAGGCAAGACCCCUCCAGGCCUCUCAGCCGACACUGGGUCCCACCACACACGGUGACUGCACUGUGCAGUGCGGGUUCUGGCCUUUUCCCUAAGGGCAUCUGGUAGACCCAAAGCCACACUCUUGGGCCGUGCACGCACGCCGCAGCACCAGCUUCCCUGAGCUGCUUGUACAACCAACCACCUUUCCCCUCAUCUCCAGCUGUAACCUGGAGAGCCAGCCAUGCCUUGUCUUUUGUUCUCAUAGUCACUGGGGCCAGGCGUGGUG